CAGAGAGACGCUGGUUGGGCACGUGCAGAGAAGUGGGCUUGGUGAAGCACCCCAAAACACCCCACCCGACUCCUGACACGAGUGGCAUGAACUUGGAGCCGGGCGAGUGCGGGAUGAACUCGGUGAGCUGCGGCAACGGGAAACUCCGCCAGUGGCUGAUCGACCAGAUAGACAGCGGCAAGUACCCGGGGCUGGUGUGGGAGAACGACGAGAAGAGCAUCUUCCGCAUCCCUUGGAAGCACGCCGGCAAGCAGGACUACAACCGCGAGGAGGAUGCUGCCCUCUUCAAGGCUUGGGCUCUUUUUAAAGGAAAGUUCAGAGAGGGCAUUGAUAAACCAGAUCCCCCUACCUGGAAGACAAGAUUAAGGUGUGCUUUGAACAAGAGCAAUGACUUUGAAGAACUGGUGGAGAGAAGCCAGCUGGACAUCUCAGAUCCCUAUAAAGUGUACAGAAUAGUGCCGGAAGGAGCUAAAAAAGGUGCGAAACAGAUCAGCAUGGAGGAGCAACCAUUAAUGAUGAACCAUCCUUUUCCAAUAACGUCUCCUUACACUUCGCUACCGUCUCAGGUACCGAACUACAUGGUGCCCCACGAACGGAACUGGAGGGAGUUUGCCCCGGAGCAGCCGCAUCCCGACAUCCCCUACCAGUGCGCCAGCGUCCCCUUUGCAGCUCGCAGUCAUCACUGGCAAGGGCCAGGCUGUGAAAAUGGUUGUCAGGUGACAGGAACCUUUUAUGCUUGUGCCCCUCCUGAGUCGCAGACUCCUGGCAUCCCGAUUGAGCCAAGCAUAAGGUCUGGUGAAGCCCUCGCUCUGUCAGGUAAGGUCCAUAACCCUCCCCAGGCUUUCUAG